CAAUCGUUGGUCCACGGCGCACGGUCGUUCUCCUCUAAAUGUCCGCUGUCGCGUAGCUUGUAAUAUCCGUGUUCCUCUCAUUUGCCAGCUGGGAAAUAUAAUUAAACGUAAUUUUAAAAAAAUUUCAAUUACCUGACACGGCAUUCUACCUCUAAAAUGAUUCCCAACUGCAUUAGGAGCAUUGGCAGUCAAACGUCGAAAAGAAAUUAUGGAAGCUGGAGCAAGGCUGUGUCUUUUUUAUUAAACAAGAAUAAUUACGCGACGGAGGCAUCCUUCGAAACAAAGCCAUUCCGUUUACAUAAAUUAGAAUCAGGCCCAUCCACGCAGGUGUCAGUAACAAAAGAGGAUGCUCUCAAGUACUACAAGCAAUUGCACACCAUCCGUCGUAUUGAAACAGCGGCUGGCAACCUUUACAAAGAAAAAAUUAUAAGGGGUUUUUGUCAUCUUUACUCCGGACAGGAAGCAUGUGCAGUUGGGAUGACUGCCGUCCUACGUCCUCAGGAUUCCGUAAUAACAGCUUAUCGUGUUCACGGAUGGACUUAUCUUAUGGGUGUUUCCCCGUUAGGUGUACUAGCUGAACUUACAGGGCGUCAAAGCGGGAAUGCACGCGGUAAAGGUGGUUCCAUGCACAUGUAUGCCAAGAAUUUUUACGGAGGCAAUGGUAUUGUUGGUGCCCAGGUGCCGCUGGGUGUAGGCGUAGCCUUUGCUGCCAAAUAUCAAAACACCGGUGGAGUAUGUUUAGCUUUGUAUGGUGAUGGCGCUGCAAAUCAAGGUCAGAUAUUCGAGGCUUACAAUAUUGCCAAGCUGUGGGAUAUUCCCUGCAUUUUUGUUUGCGAAAAUAAUGGUUAUGGUAUGGGAACCAGCGCAGACCGAGCAGCUGCCAGUACGGACUAUUACACAAGAGGAGAUUAUGUUCCCGGAAUCUGGGUCGAUGGAAUGGACGUUUUAGCCGUGCGAGAGGCUACUCGUUAUGCCAUUGAUCACUGCACCAGUGGAAAAGGACCAAUUGUCCUCGAAACAGCUACUUAUCGUUACAGCGGUCACAGUAUGUCAGAUCCAGGCACAAGCUAUCGUACUAGGGAAGAAAUUCAAGAGGUUCGUCAGACUCGUGACCCUAUUACCAGCUUUAAAGAAAGGAUUCUCAACUCGAACUUAGUUGCAGCUGAUGAACUCAAGAAACUUGAGGCUGAGGUCAGAAAAGAAGUUGAUGAUGCGGUGAAGAUUGCUAAGACAGACAAAGAAAUCCCUAUGAGUGAAUUGACCACAGAUAUCUACUCUGCACCUCUUGAAAAAGAAGUGCGCAAUGUAACCCCUUUCAAUCCACUACCUCAUGGUAGGCUGGGUCCCGCCAUUAAUCUUUAGAGGAAAUUAUGAUUCAAUCAGACGCUGGUCGUGAGAUUGACAUGUGGCUGUAAUAAUUUAGUAGUAAGUGAAAUAGAAAAUCGACAACUACUACAUGCCAGAUUAAAAGAAUUACAUUUGUUUUAAACAGAAUACUGAAAUUGUGAAUAAAUAAAUUUUCGAAAUAA